AAUAAGCUGUAAUUCUCUAAGAAAAGCAACAAAAACGCGACAAAAGUGACAACUAAAGGUCACAAAAAACACAGUGCAAUGGCAAAACAACAAAUACUAAACGAUACAUAGCGAGGGUGGGAGGGAGAAUUGUGCGUGUCCGUGUGUACUUCUGUUCGGGUCGAGUGUGUGUGUGUGCGUCGACUGCAGCGGUUGCAGCUGAUUUAUGACAGGACAUCAUGCACUAAGGAGACUUAAGUCGACGUCACCCACAACGAGAAUCGAAGCAGAGAUAACUUUUAUACAGAAGCCCCCACCACCCCCCUCAACAUCACAACAAAACGGUCCCACGAGGGUACCACAAGUGUCGUCAUGGGCAGCGUCUGGAAGCGUUUACAGCGCAAUUUUAAGCGAGCGGCAAAGUUCCAGUUCACCGCCUCCUACCACGACCUGCACGUAGAGACCACCGCCAAAUGGCGGCCAUCAAAUCUCUCCAUUGUGUGGACAAGAAGAUCGAGACGCGUGGUAAGUGCACCAUUACCAUGGGAGCCGGAUAUGAUGAACCCCCUGGUGGGCAAUAUAUCCUGGCCAGUGCCGGACAAUCACACCAUAUCCGUCACCCUGUUCAAGGAUCCCCGCACUCACGAGCUGGAGGAUAAGGAUUGGACCUUCGUCAUCGAAGAUGUCACGCCCAUGGGAAAGAAACGUGUGCUGGCCAGCGCCAGCAUUAAUAUGCGAAGGUACGCAAGCAUCGAAUCUACUCAGCAGAGGUUUACAUUGAGUCUUAAGGCGGUCUCGAAGAAGAUAACCGCAGCCAGCCUAGAACUAACCAUCAGCUGUGUGUUCCUCCGAGAGGGCAAGGCGACAGAUGAGGACAUGCAGAGCGUUGUCUCAAUGAUGUCGGUGAACAACAACUGUGAUGUGGCCCCGCUCGACGAUCUAGAGGAUAUACCGGACCUCGAGAAUUUCAGCGAAAUCACGGACAAUCUAUAUGAUUUCACCCAUCAACUGGAGCAGAUGACAACGAGCCUCAAUGGCUGCAUAGAUGUGGCCACGCCGCUAAGUGUACCUUCGUUAUCUGAAGAUCCCACACCAUUGGCCGAGUCCUUUAAUGAAUUGCAUUUUGAACUAGAAGCCGAUGGCGAAAGGGAAACUUCGCAUACGCUUGAAUUGCCCGCAGCUUCUGCUGCUGCUGUUGAAGAGGGUUCGAAAACGCCCAACGGAUUGCAGCCAGUGGUGGAGAGCACGCCCACCAGGGGCACAGGUGAAAUCAGGCAAACGGAUCAGCAGAAGACACCGGCAGGCUCACUGGGAUACAAUCACAGUGAGGGAUUCGCCAAGGUGAUCACGUCCACACCGCUAGAACCAAAGGCAGCCAUUGCCAAGGAGAGUGCGAAAGCAAAAAAGGGAAAGGCUCUAAACUUCGACGCGAAGGAGGAGUCUCGCCCAGUUGUCGAUCUACCGGCUGAGCCCAAGAAGGAGGAGACCGCGAAGAGCGUUAAGAACAACAGCACGGCCACUGAAGUUGCCCCACCAGAGCAGACCACAAGGAGCAGCAUUUCGAAUGCGAAACGUGCCGAGCUGCAGCCGCUGAAUCUGAAUAAGAGCUACGAGACAGUAGCCCCUGCCCCCGCCCCAACGAUUAAUGAUUCUGUCAAAUCGCAGUCGAGUGCAGUGGCCGGUGGAAUGAACAUCCUAAAGCCUGUGGAGAAGAUUGUACUAAAGGAGAACACACCCGGCCAGGAUCUGCUCGAGUGGUGCAAAGAAGUUACCAAAGACUAUCCAAAUGUAAAGGUUACAAACCUAACGACCAGCUGGCGCAACGGCAUGGCAUUCUGUGCCAUCAUCCAUCAUUUUAUCCCGGAUCUGAUCGACAUGACGAAGCUGAGUGCCCACGAUGUGGUUGGCAAUUGUCGCAUUGCCUUCGAUGCGGCCGAAUCGCUGGGCAUACCCCGUGUCAUUGAGCCGCGGGACAUGAAUCUGCUGACAGUGCCGGACAAGCUGGCUGUCAUGACAUAUCUGCACCAGUUGCGGGCGCACUUUACCGGCAAGCAGCUGCAAAUCGAACAAAUCGGUACAACCUCGGACGAGUCAAGCUACGUUAUUGGCAAUUACAAGUCGGAAAAUUUGUCGCAGAACCUCAACUUUUCGCAUCUGAAGACGCAGCUGUUGCAUCAGAAUUCCUUCGACGAUGACAUCUUUUCGUUGGACAAAGCCCAGCAGCUAUCGCCGCAGAGCAAAAAGGAUGUGAAGAACCUUAUUCUGUACAACUCAAAGAAUAUCCUGGGCAAAGUGCUGUCGCCCACAAAGGACAAAAACUCGAUCAACGCAUCGCAGCAUGCCUAUCAGUCAUGCCUGACGCCACCGCCGCCCCAGAGCCAGUUUGUGGAGGACGCCGAUGAAAGCUCAUUGAACGCUACGCAGGUGGGGGGCAAGGAGAAUGCAUCCCUAUCGGUGCUGGAUGCACACGCGGCCAAUGAGGAGCGAAAGCAGUGGUUGCGGGAGCAGGCACGUCGCCUGAUACUGGAGACCCGCACCAAGACCGGAGGCGGCGGCGGCUCUAUCGACAGUCCCACCAGCCCCACGAAGGGCAAGCGCUUUAACUUUUCGCCCGAGCGCACCAUCUCGCCCAUUCAGAAUGGCUCCGACGAUUUCUACUUCGAGAACCUGAAGAAAAUUGACGAGGCGGAGCCAGGCAGUGGGGGAAACAAGAUCAGUCCUAGUCAUAGAUUAAGCAAUGCCCUAUCCGGGGGAGUCAACAUCAAUGGCAGUCCCCUGCAAUCGUUCAAUGCGAUUGUGGACCGCAUCUCACAAAAGCACGAGAAGAGGGGCGAAAAGCUAUCCUACAUCGAGUCCGAACUGGAGGCACUGGAGCGGGAGCAGGAGGCCAUCGACCAGAAGGCCAGCAGUCUGGAGGCUAAGCUGCGCGCUGUGAUGGGCGGCAAUCCAAGUAAUAAUCGAACCAAUCGGAACGGGAACCCGUUCCUUAGGCUAAUCCGAAAUAGUAUUGGUGGUGGUGACUUAAUUCGCAUCAAGCUGCUAGAUUCCGACGAUGAGAGCUUGUUCGGUAGUAGAGCAGCAUGCAGGGCGGGCAUGGAUAAGGGCACCGGUAACGGUACCAGCGAUAGCGCCUGUAUCUCGGGCGAUGAGGUCCAGACCCUGGGCCAGACACGGCCGCGACCCCGCUCCCAUUCCUGUUUUGUCAAUGUGAAUAAAGACCAUCAUCCAUCGAACAGCCCCAACACCCAUGAAAGCCAUCAACAUCACUUGCGGCCGCGACCGCAUCAUGUGCAUCAUGUCGUGCCCUACAGUCAUCUGCUAAGCAGUUCCGCCUCGGGCAUGUCCUCCCAGCAGUCCUCCUAUGACAAUCUACCAGCGUACAGCGACGAUGAUGAUGCCCUGGCCAUGGUAGCCACAAGACAUGUGGUCUCCAUUCGGCGGCAGCAUGAUCGCCACAAGCGGCGCCACCAUCAACGGCGCUCCCGCCGCCCCCACUCUCGCGCCCAUUGCGAAACCGAGGAAACGGAGGAGCAACUGCUAUCGCAGUGGUUCACGUUGGUCAACAAAAAGAACGCACUGCUCAGGCGACAGAUGCAGUUGAACAUACUCGAACAAGAGAAAGAUCUGGAGCGGAAGUUUACAAUGCUUAAUCAGGAACUGCGAGCGGCUCAAUCUGUAGAGGACUGGCGCAAGACGGAGGUGCAGCGGGAGAAGGAGCGACUGCUGCUCGAAGAGCUGGUUACGAUUGUGGACAAGCGGGAUCAGCUGGUUCAACAUCUGCAUAAUCAGGAAAUUGCCAUUGAAGACGACCAUGAGAUAGCCAGGGAGCUGGAGCAAGUGGAUAUCAGCGGUGGGAAGGAAAAAUGUGUUCUACAAUAGAAAUCGAAAUUUUACGAAACUUGACUGGAGAUUAAUACUUAUGAGUAGUACACACACGAACCCGAACCCAAACCCUAAAGAAACACACACAAUCUUAUCUAUGUAACUAGUUAGAUAUCUAUGUAUGUUUGUAUGUUCAGUGGCACACGAUGUGGCUCUGCUCUGUGGUUCGCUGUCGAGGCGAUCGCUUGACCGAAUCGAAUCACAAAUAUGGACCGGACCAUACAUGGCCCUAGAAAAUGGCUAUAAAACAAAGCGUACUGUGGCACUACGAAAUUGCGUUUGUAUUUAAGUAAAGAGUUCAAUAAUAAAAUGAUCAAAACGUCCGUUAGCAAACUAAGUAUAACUCAAACACUGAACAGAAAGAAGGAAAAUACCCUAAAAUGCAACAAGCACUACACUACAUUGGAAAUCAGUGGAAAAAUAACGAACAAAUAUUCGUUUGAGAUUCAUUUGUAGUUCAAACGUAAUUUCAAAUCAUUCAUUUUGUUAUUCUAUUUAUUUCCUGUUUGGUGGUUGUUUGUGCCAUCCCGACGACAACAUCUGACGAUCGAUCAUCAUUCAUAACAUGAACGCUAGACGGAAGGAAAGAGAGGAGAGGAGAGGCAAUUUUUACUGUAGCAUUUACCCCCCAAUUUACAAGAAACGCUUCAUCCAAAAAUAUACAUAUGCAAACACCUACACCUACAUAAAAAUAUAUAUAUAUAUGCUCUAAGUUUAAGGCAAAGGCAAAGCGCUUUAAUAAUAAUUUAAAGGUGGCUUAUAUACUUAUAUUAUAUACUACCCUACGUUGGCUGGCCACCUCCCAAGCAAAUGUAUGUAAAAUAUAAAGAACUGUUCAAGCCGAAGGAACCGAACUACUAGCUAAUAAAGAAUAGACAACGCGCCGAUGUUGUACGAAACAAACCUAAACAAAAAACAUUUCUGAAUAAAUAUGCGUGUGCGUGCUGUUGA